CAUAUUUGUUUUGUCGUAGUAAAUUUCCUCCUAUACAAUCCAAUGUUGCUAAAAAAGAUAACUACUAGUUUUAUUUGAGGAAAGGUUAAAGCAAAAUGAGUGCUAGUGAGCUGAGAAGACCGAUACUGGGAAAUAAUAAUCGGAAUCAAAGUUACUCCGUUCAAGAUAAUAUUGACAAUGGGCAAGCAUCGUUUUUAUCAAAAAUUUGUCGAUGUGCUGAAGUUGGUUUGCAAGUUUAUGAAAUAAUAUUUGUGGUAAUUUUGCUUCUCAUUUUUUUCGCAGGAUUAGUCAUUGGCACAUAUUUAUUAGUGACAGAAGGACACGAAUGGAAAGACUCGAGAGUAUAUAAUCUUACAUCCAGGGAACUAUGGAAAGCGCACGUAGCGUCAUCAACAAUGCCUAAGUUGAAACUUCCUGUACAAAGAGUUUUAUUUCUUCAAACAAACAGUAGUAGUAGUUGCGAUGGCAAAUCCCACUGCGCGAAACUUGUGCAGGAACUACAGUGUAAACAUAUGAAUGAGUGGAAACUGCCUGAUAUUAUCUACAACUUUGUUAUUACCACCGAUGGCACUAUUUUCGAAGGUAGAGGAUGGAAUUUCCAAACCGAUUUAUCCAUUGGUAUAUCUGAUAAUGCAAUCGCGAUAGGUUUUUUAGAUAAUUUUCGUUUUAAUUCCUCUACAAUUAAACAAAUUGAAUCUUUAAAAUUAUUUUUAAACACAUCCGUGUUGGACAGAAAAUUAGAACGUUGCGUUAAAACUGAGAUCUGGGGAGAUAGAAGAAUUUUAGGCAACAUAGUAAAAAAAAUUAAGGAAUCUUGGUCCAGAUGUGAUAUUACAUGAUGUUUUAAAAUAUGUUUAUGUACUGUUAAAUUUAAGUUACUAUUUAUAUUUUAUAACAAAAAAUGUUUUUUCACAAUAUAAGUAUUACAAAACAAA